AUGUCCCUUUGUUUGAUUAGAUUGCAAGAAGAAAGAAAACAGUGGAGGAAAACCCAUCCGUUUGGUUUUUUUGCAAAGCCAAACAAGGCUCCAGAUGGGUCCUUGGACUUGAAGCAUUGGACUGCUGGAAUACCAGGUAAAGAAGGAACUAUGUGGGCAGGCGCUGUUUAUCCGGUGACACUUGAAUUCCCUGAUGAGUAUCCUUCUAAACCACCAAAAGUCAAAUUCAGACCAAAGUUUUAUCACCCCAAUGUAUACCCUAGUGGGACUGUAUGUUUGAGUAUAUUGAAUGAACUGCAAGAUUGGAAGCCGGCCAUCACAUUGACCCAGAUACUUUUGGGCGUGCAAGAGUUAUUAGACAAUCCAAACAUAAAGUCGCCGGCUCAAGAGGAUUCAUAUAAGCAUUAUAUGAAUGAUAGGGCUACCUACGAGAAGAAAGUUAGAGCAGAGGUUAAAAAAUACAUAACCGAGGAAUAA